UGCAGGGCGGAAGCGCGGCGGAGGCGGCGGGGUGUGGCGGCGAAAUGGCCUCACAGCUAGGUCCUCACGAACUGCUGCACGUUUUCUCGUUUCUGGAGGCCCGAGACCUGCUUUCCGCUGCGCAGGUGAACAAGGUCUGGAAUGAGGUUUCAAGGACCAAGGAACUAUGGAGGCAGCUGUGUCUGAGACGCUGGUCAUCCUGCAAAGCCUCCCAGAUGGUCCUAGGCACACAAACAUGGAAACAGUACUAUUUCUGCCGAUCCGAGCUGGAGUUCCGAAUGGCAUUUGGGCGGCCAGCGGACUUCAUCUGUAAAGCCAUUGCUGGGCACACAGGACAGAUAGAUGAGCUGGCUUAUGUCUCUACCAAUGAGUGCCGGUUUGAUAGACGGAAGAAGUCAGUAGUUUGCACUGUGUCCUCAGACUGUACAGUGCGUGCCUGGGAUUUAAAUGAGGGUACAGAGAUCUGGUCAAGCCCUCUACAGCCUGCUGCUCUGGUGAAUUUGGUGACCUACCCUCAGCUGCAGCUGGUUGUCACUGUGGACAACCAAGGAUUAAUCAAAGCAUGGAAAGCAGACAACGGGUGGGAGUGGGCCUCCUUCUGCCUGCCGACGUUCUCAUCUGCACUGGAGGCCUGUGACCAUCCUGAGGGCCCUUUCCUGCUGGCGGCCUGUGCUGGAGGGAACCUUUACACAUUGACAGUGCCUCAGCUGCACCUAGUCUCCAAAGUGCCUGUGUUUCCUAACAACUCUCUGAGUCUCACCUGCUCUCCGGACCAACAGUGGGUGUUUACAUCUUCCGAGAAUUUGGACCUGAGCCCAAAGGUAUUCUAUACUCACUCGUUGCUGUACCUGUCGGAAGACAAGCCGCCUGUCUCCACCACCCUCCCCAUCUGGCUGAGUUCCAGAGGAUGCUGGGCCCCCGAAGAGGCAGCCAGAUUGAUUGUGAUGCACAGAAAUGACAAUGGCAUGCAGCUGGUUGUCACUACCUAUGAGUUAGGGGCCAAGAAGUCCAGGGAUAGAGUGGACAUUCUAGUACAACAGGUUGCCAGUUUCCCCUUGCCAAACACUAUGAUGCCUCCUCACCUCAUGAAGAGCCUUAGCUCUCAAGUGAUCCUGCUGGUGUCAGAUUCCAAGCUGGUGCAGUUCACCAUACAUGGGCUGCAGGUGGCAGCCUUCCAGGACCAUGAGAAGCCCAUCACGUCCUUGUGGGUGGACUCAAGCCGAGUUAUCACCUCUUCCUUUGACCUCUCUUUGCGAGUCUACGUGUGGAAUAAAGAAAAUAAAUAUCCCAUCCUCAAGAGCUGCUAUCACUUGCUUGGGGGAUCACACAGAUGGGCCAGAGGAUUUACCCAUGUGGAAAGUGACAGCAUGAGCAUUGUAGGUGUGGAAGCCAGAAGCAAUGGGACAGGGAUCCUAAGGUCAUACUGCUUCAGAGUGCAGAACAGCUGGAAUGAUGGCCCCGACUGAAGAUGGUCUCACUCUGGUGAAGAACUUGCACAUGUACAAAGACCAGAUUGAUUAUGUUAUUGAUGCUGGGAAAGGAAUUUGUAAUCCUCAGAUGCCUACUAUGUGCUGGACACUGCUGCGCAAUUUUAUUUUACAUCCUCAUGACAAGCCAAUGGAGUGGGUACUACAUAUCAUAUACAUGUAUUGUCUCUGUUUUUCAGACAAGGAAAAUGAAGUGUAGGAAGAUAAUUAAUCUAUUAUUACCCCCAUUUUCGAGCUGCUAAGCAAUAAUUCCAAGAUUAUUUGAGGAGUAAGUGGCAAAAAGGAAUGAAAUCCAGUGCUUUAAGUACUGAGAUUAUAACAUAAUUGUUUUCAUUGUCCACAUACAUAAUUAAGUAAAUAUUUUUUAUCUGCCUAUUCUGUGUUGUGUGCUUUAGACACAUACUCAUACAUAGCUGUCAUGUAGAUGACUUGUGUGGCACUGUGUGCUUAACUCUAGGGCUGCUAUAUUUUAUUUUGUUGAUCACAGUGGAAUCCCUGGUGGGUUAGUGGGCAUAUAUCAUUUAGAGUUCCUAAUUGCAGGCAACAGGAGCUGACACAAAGUACCUGAAACCAAGAAAGGAAUUUAUUGGAAGGAUUUGGAUUAGCCCAAGGAGUCAGUGUGAAGGCUGGAGAAAGAAAGGGGCACCAAGGGCAGCUAGGCAGCAGGAGCCCAGCACAGGCUUGAUCUAGCAGGUCUGGCUUGGACAGUCCUGGUGCUGUCAUGUUAGCACCAGUAUUUCCCUGUGGUUUCACUGCUGCUGCUCUGCUACCAUCACUGUCACUUAACAGGCACCAUAACCACUACCUUAAACACUUCCCAGCACUCCUGAAGGAGGCAGCAAGAUUCACAGUGCUGUGUGUAUGUGUGGUAUGUGUGCACAUGUGAAUUUUUCUAUAUAUGCAUGUGAUAUGCUGUUUCUAGGUCAUGUGCCCACCCAACCAAGGCCAAGAUGGGAGAGAGGAAGAGUCUGGCUCCAAUAGACAGUGCCCCAGUCAAGAUUCACACAGUGGAAAAUUCUUUGAAAAUAGGAAGAAAGAAUUUCUCAAAAACAGAAAGCAAGGAUAAAAAGCUAUUUGCUAUAGUCUACUACUUUGGCUGCGCAAUACCAAAAUGUGUCUUAUUUGUUAUAUUUAUGCUUUAACAACAGCUUUUUACCUAACUUAACAACUAAAUCCUGUGUAACCAAGACCAGUUUUCAUCAAUUUUGCACAGUGUUCUAAAACUCGUGGCCUGAGUGGUCGGCUCAUGGAACAUACUCCAAAAUAGAUCAUAUCCUAGUUCACAAAUCAAACUUCAAUAA